AUGUCUUUUGAAGCGUACGAAGACGUGACAGGGCUGCGGUUUGCGUGGAAUGCGCUGCCGCAGUCUCCGAACGACCUCAAAAACUACGUCGUGCCGUUCUCUUGUCUGUACCAGCCGCUCAGACCUAUGGAGAAUCCACUCUUGUUAAACGGGCCUCCGAUUUCCUGUCGUGCGUGCCGGGCUCUGCUGAACCCGUACUGCCAGCCUGACCUGCAGAGCAGGACGUGGACUUGCUCGCUAUGUCGGCUGCGCAACCAGUUUGCUCACGAGCUCGCCGACCUGCCGUUCGAGGCUCGUCCCGAGGCUGUCAAUUACGAGUACAUAUUGCCGCCGCUGGCCACCCAGCAGCCUUAUGUGUUCCUUUUUGUCGUAGAUCUGUGCCUGGAGCCAGAAAACCUUGCUGCUUUGAAGGAAAGCCUGUUGGUGGCAAUGAACUUGAUUCCCCCAGAUGCCCUGGUGGGCUUUAUCACGUUUGGAAAAAAUGUCAACGUCCACGAGAUCGGCCAUCAGGACUCGAACUCGAGCUACUGUUUCAAUGGGCUGAAAAGCUACAAUGCAGAUCAAAUAGAGAAAACUCUGGGCGUGCUUUCUGGAGACCUCAAGGCCGCCAGGAGACCCGUCCAGCAUCAGCCUGAAAUGCCGCUAAACCCUGCCAGCAGGUUUAUCCAGCAGCUGGCCAUGUGCGAGUUUCAACUCACCACUUUAAUCGAGUCUCUAACCCCAGAUUCGUUCCCUGUGGAGAAAUACCACAGGAACCAGCGUGCCACGGGAGCUGCCUUGAACGUGGCCACCAACCUGCUCUCGUCCACAUUUGCCAAGUCUGGUGCCCGCCUAAUGCUGUUUACCGGAGGUCCCUGCACCUACGGCCCGGGAAAAAUUGUGGAAACCGCAUUGAAAAAUCCAAUCAGAUCGCAUAGCGAUCUCCAAAAAGAUCCGGCCAUGCUCAAGCAAUACAAAAAAGCGGCAAAGUUCUACGAAGAGCUCGCAGCCAUUGCGUCCAAAGCAGGUCACACAGUCGACAUAUUUGUCGGCUCCUACGACCAGGUCGGCCUUGCCGAAAUGGAGUGUCUCAUGCACCGAACGGGAGGCACGGCGAUCCAGAGCGACGGGUUCUCGACAGCCAUUUUCAAACAGUCCCUGCAACGAUUUUUCAACCGCACCCCUGCAGGCACCCUUGAGUUCGGCCUCAACGCCACGCUCGAGAUCAAAACCACAAAUAACCUCAAGCUCAGUGGUAUCGUCGGUCACGUGACCGCGCUCAAGCACAAGACGCCGUUUGUGGCGGACAAGGAGGUUGGCGUGGGCGGAACGGACACGUGGAAACUCGGCGGAGUCUCUGUGCAUUCCACGUACGGCGUGUAUUUCGAGCCUGUCGUUGAGGUUAGCCAACCGUUCGGGAUCAUACAAUUUAUCACCAGCUACCAGCACUCGGACGGCACGCGUAGACUGCACGUGACCACCAGUCACAAGCCAAGUCUGCAACCGGGGCAGAAUUUGAUUGAUUUUUUCGACCAGGAGGCUGCCGCUGUGCUGGUUGCUCGUGAGGCACUGUACAAGGUGCUGAGAGACAACUCCACGGACGCCAUUCGGUGGUGCGACAAGAUAUUGGUGGAUCUGUGUUCCAAGUUUGGAACCUACAAAGUGGGCGAUCCGCGCUCGUUGGUGCUGUCUCAGAAUUUGAACCUCUUUCCGCAGUUCAUGUACCACCUGAGACGGUCCAAUUUCAUCCAAAUCUUCAACUCGUCUCCGGACGAAACGGCGUUCUACAGACACUGUUUCCUGACUGAGGAGUGCAUGAAUUCGCUCAUCAUGAUUCAGCCGACGUUGACAUCGUUUGAGAUCGAGAAAGAGCCAGAGCCGGUGUUGUUGGAUUCGCUGUCGAUUAGACCAGACAGGAUCCUGCUCCUGGACACGUUUUUCCAUCUAUUAAUUUUCCAUGGCUCCCAAAUAGCAGAGUGGAGAAGACAGGGGUACCAAGACCUGCCAGACUACGAAUACUUCAAAGAGUUCCUGAAUCAGCCUCGCGUGGAAGCUGCAGAUAUCCUUGUUGACCGGUUCCCACUGCCGCGAUUUAUCGACACCGAGGAAGGCGGGUCGCAGGCGAGGUUUUUGAUGUCGAAGUUGAACCCAACGACGUCGUACAAAAACGGCGACGACUUGCACAUUCUGGCGAACGGCCAGACGGACAGCGGCGCCGUGAUCCUCACCGACGACGUGAGCUUACAAACGUUCAUGGAACACGUCAACAACGCGGUGGACAAUUUCCUGAUAGUCCAGCCGGGCUCGCAGAAUACGCUUGUGCGAUUUGGGAUUGAGGAUGUACUUAGUCCACCUGCGUACAGUAUUCCUACGAAAGUAUACAAAAAUGCACAGGACACGGCAUACUACACCAUCAAGCCUCAGGACGAGUCGCUCGCUGUGUAUCCCAUUGUGAAAGGCGAGAUUGUCGAUGUUCACGGGCUAAAUUUUCUGUUCAAGUGUAUUGCUCGCUCGAUUCUUAAAGACCAGCCGGUGUUGCUCCUCAACAGCAUCGCCUUCACGCUUGUGCAGACCUCCAACAGAUGGUCGAACGAGACGAUCGAGAUGAUCACAAAGUACGUUUUUGAAACUCUGCAGUUCGGGGCCUUCUCCAUCGUUCCUGCCUCUCUGUGCUCGAUGUUCUCUUACGGGUCUCUGUCCAAUGCUUGUGUUGUUGACAUUGGCUACGAGAAAACCGAGAUCACGCCCAUCCUCGACUACCAGGUGUACACUCCGGGAAUCAAAAUCAUCGACAAGGGCGGAAACAGUAUAAACGAUAGAUUGGGCAAGAUUCUGCCAGACUUGACGAGCGAUCAGGUGGAAAUGCUGAAGCGGUCAGCGAUUUUUGAAGUUUUGAGUGAGGAGGAUGCCAAAAAUUCGUUCUUCGGCGCGGAGCAGCUGGUGGAGAAAAAAGAGGAGGACGACGGUGUACUGGACGUGGCGGCAAUUGUGACGAGCGACAAGCCGACCCGGGAAAUCCUGGCGGAGAAGGAGAAGGAGAAGCGCAAGAGCGGCAAGGCCGCUACAGAAUCAAAGCCAAACAGCGAGCUUGAGACUAACACGUUUGUGGAUAGCGAAGGCAAUGUUGUGAGCGUGGGUAAGGAGCGGUUCCAAGGCUGCACAGACCUGAUCGAGAGCAUUGGAGCGGCUAUCCACCGCACAUUGUCGAAAAUCACAGAUCUUAAAAGGGCGCAGGAAUGCUACGACAACUUGAUCCUAGUAGGCCAGACGAGCAAAAUCAUCGGAUUCAAGGAGGCGCUCGUGGUGCACCUGUACCGCAAUUUUGUUGUCGGACAGGGUGCAAUGUCUGCCCAAAGCGGAGCGUUCCGCGACACAAACAACAUGAUUCAGGACCUGAACCUAAUCCAGGUGCCGAAACACGUCAAGCUACUGAGUCGGCCGGACUACUUUACCGAGUGGAAAAAGACCGGGUUCGAGGACUGCUCGUUUCUGGGCGCACAGAUACUCGCGAAGCAGGUGUUCAACUCGCACGCUGUCGGGGGCUCCUUCCUGCGCGAGGACUACAUGGAAAAAGGCCCGAUUGGUAUUUGACACAACAGGUUGUAGUAUACAUACACUAAUAGGACUCAAUCCCCCCGCAGUCUCCUGGCAAGAUGGAUGUCUUUCUGCAUGAUGGUGACUCGCUUCGCGUGGAGCGCGCACAGGUUGGUAUCCUCAAAAAGAUGCACAAGAUACGCCUCGACGGCUUCCUGCAACGCCAGCACUGCGACCGACUGCCAUCUGUAGGUGCUUGUUCCGAACUCGUCCUGGACGAUUUCUCUGACGAGUCUAGCAAAGGGUAGUUUCCUGAUAAGCAGCUCUGUGGACUUCUGGAACCUUCUGAUCUCGCGCAAGGCCACAGUUCCGGGCUUGAAUCUUUUUUUCUGCGUUUUGAUUUCUGUCGGGUCGCCUGGCUGGUUUCUCGCGAGCCCAGAGCUCAACGUCGAGCCCGCCUUGACCUUUGGCGUCUCAGAGCUUUUAGACGGUGUUUUCUUGAUACUGGCUGGCGAAUUCUUGAAGCUUGUGCUGGAGCCCAUCUUGGGCGUCUUUGGCGUUGUCGACACCGGCUUGUG